UCUACACUCGAGGCUACGCAACUGGGGGCGUUGAUUCUUCACAUUCAGCUGACCUCCAGCUAGAAUUCGAGUUUCUUGGCCCUUUCCAGCCCUCAGAGGAGCCUACAAGUGACUGCGGGUAGCUUAGGGUGACCAACCGUGGACGCGAGGCCACUGAGGACACAGCGGGCGCCAGCGUUAAGGGCACAACUGGCCCCUCCUUCCUCCCUCUCCCCGAAAUCCAGCUCAACCAGCCAUUACGUCGCACCAGCUCACAUGACCUGUUGUUUGUCCCCGUGAUCACUUGAGCAGGUUCCCUGGCAAAUUCAAAAUUCGCUAAAAGUUCCCGCAGCCAUGGACAUGAUGGAUCCGCUGGAGACCGGACAAGACCAGAAAGAUGGUGAGUGUGAAUCGCCAGAGGCGGCCGCGAUGGUGGCCGCCGAGACUUGCUUAGUGGUGGACGGUGAUCUGAACAUAGUGUCAGAAGAGCAGGAGGAGGUGCCGGCGGCGGCCGUCAUUCAGCGGCACCAGCCCGUCGUGGUGGCCGCCGGCACCAAGCGGCCGCGUCAGAAUCGCAGAAAUGUUAUUCUGCAACAGGCGACCAUGGAAAACGCCACCCUCGUAGAAACUGACCCUUUCGAAUCGGUUGGAGACACGGGCAACACCGUCACCUACAGGGUGGUCCAGGUAUCCGCUCCCGGGACAGGAUCUGUGACUGAUGAAAUGGACGGCAUUUCCCAAAUAAUCCACCCGACGACCAACUUCACCACUGGGGCGACAGCCUCAGGGGUGCAGGCUGUGCUCACUUCACCAAUCAACGGCCAGUUUUAUGUGAUUGGCUCUCCUCAAGAAGUGUUCACAGGAACCAACACCAGAAACAUUGCGCCAAGAAACCAAAGUGAAACUGUGAGAGGGACAACGAGACGUGAUGAAAGAAGACGAGCCACCCACAACGAGGUGGAAAGAAGAAGGAGAGACAAGAUUAAUAGCUGGAUCAUGAAACUUGGAAAAAUUAUCCCUGAUUGCGGGAACGAAGGCGGAAAGCAAGGACAGGUUAAUUUUGAGGGGCAGAGUAAGGGAGGCAUCUUGGCCAAAGCCUGCGAAUACAUCACAGAAUUGCGGACCCUUAAUCAACGGAUGGGCGAAAACAUGAAGGAGAAUGAGAGACUUGUGAUGCAGUUGGAGGCGUUGCGGCAGCAGAACGACGAGCUGCGUCGGGAGAAGCUGGCCCUGCACACGCAACUGACCCAGAAUGGAAUUGUGCCUGUCGUGGAAGCAGAUGCCAGCGCUGAAAUUGUAAUUGAUCAGGACAGCCUGACAUAACCAUUUGGCAUUGUUAGUACUGCGAGUGCCUAUCAGCAAAUAAUCAGAUGUUACCAUCUAAUAGUAAUCUGUGGGGAUUGUCUUUGGAAUUCGCAUUUGCCAACAACUUUACCAAUAAUCAACAUCCAGUCAUUUUUGGGUAUCACUCCAGUGCUCCAAUUUAGAUUUUUUUUGUAACAAUGCUUAAUUGUAUGUCGACUUGACCUGAAUCAAUUAUUAUUUUUUUCUCUUGAUUUAUGAUACUUUAGUGGAUUUCAUUGCUAUUUCAGUAAUCAAAUAUACUUCUUGUAAGCAGAUUUUAAUAUGAGUUGUAAUGAAUAUGCAGUCAGAUAGACCUAAUUAUCUGUUAUUUCACUCACACAACAAUAAUUCCUUUUUUCUGAUGGUUAUUUCUGUUGUGUUAAUCCGCCUUUUGACUAGAAGGAAACUUUUUUGCGGCUGUUGCAUCAAAAUUGUUUUCAGGUUGCCUGUGUACAAAUUUGUGUAAAUAAUCAGUAGCAGAGUAAAGCCUAA